CUCUCCCUGCGUGUCAGCGCCUGCGUCACGCGCCAGGAGGGAGUUUUCCACUGACGAAAAAGGCAGCGCUCACGAGCUGUCUCGCGCACACAAGGAGACGCUUGGGCUGCAGCGCGCGUACAAUAGCGAGACAGAAAGCACAGCCCGUGUUCGGAUACAGCGCGCGGACCAGUCAGCACUGCUUCGUAACGGAUCUCUCGCGAUCUCACUAAUGGUGAUCGGACACGUGGAUUCUUGGUCAACAGUGUAACGCCAUGAGCGGACUUCUCAAGAGGAAGUUUGAGGAGGUGGAGGAUGAGCCAUGCUACUCUUCAUCAUCUUCCUCAGCCUACUCUGGCUGGGACUCGGAUAGUGAGAGCUGCUACUCGGACACGCUGGACUCUGUCCCCAGUAACCCCAGCUCUCCUGCCACGCAGUUUAACACCAGGUCCAUCCUGAAGAAGGCGAAACGCCAACGGCGGGGAAACGUCCAGUUCGACCAGGUGACCGUGUUCUUCUUCCCACGAUGCCAGGGCUUCACCAGCGUGCCCAGUCGCGGUGGGUGCUCACUGGGUAUGGUACAGAGGCACAGUGCCCAGCGCCGCUACACCCUGGCCGAGUUCGCCAUCGAGCAGUACCACCUGCGCCAGGAGAAGGUCAAGAACAGGAUGAGGGAGGAGAAACUGGAGGCCCUGAAACAGAAACUGACCAAGAACGGUACCCAGCUGUCUGAUGAAGCGUCCCAGCUGACUCUGGACGACAUCCCUGAUGACGACCUGGACCUGAGUGGCUUUAGCGUGGAUGGCGGCUCUUUCCUGCACCCCUACCCGUCCAAGCGCCGCCAUGCCAUCCUUAAAGCAGCCGGUGUGAAAAAGAUCGACAAAGAGGAGAAACGCGAGCUGCGUGAGCUGCGCGUGUCGCGCGAGGACUGCGGCUGCAGUUGCCAGGGCUUCUGUGAGCCCGAGACGUGCGGCUGCAGCCUGGCAGGAAUCAAGUGCCAGAUGGAUCACUCGUCGUUUCCGUGCGGCUGCACCAGGGACGGUUGUGGUAACAGGGAGGGCCGCAUUGAGUUCAACCCCAGCCGCGUGCAGACGCACUACAUCCACACCAUCAUGAAGCUGGAGCUUGAGAAACGUUUGGAGGAGCACGCGGCCGAGCAGCGCUACGCCAGCCCUGCAGGCCAGCUGCCACAAGGGGGCUCCACUGAGCCCAGCGCCUCCGCGGGAGAGAACAGCUGCGGCGGUGACACUGCGGACUCCUCCAGCUCCUCCUCAUCUCAGCGCGAGCGUUCAGACGUGGGGAAGAGGCUACAGAGAGCUACAUCACCCCUGGACGUGGAUGAGGGCGCACUGGGGCAGGAUCUCUGCCUUGGCUCCGAGCGAACUUCUGCCACGCCAUCUGUGGGCUACAGUGUUUUCAGCAGCGAGCAGCCUGCCAACUAUGACUGCAGCGAGUCAAACGUUCACACGCCACAGAACAGCUUCACCACUGCCAGUCCAACCACAGCCAUGUCUGAGCUCCUGGAUGAGAAUGCCAACCAGGAUGGUCUCUUCUACAGCGAGGCGCUCCCCGACACUCCCUCGCCUUCGGGCGAGCACAUGGCCAGCUACCUGGACCUGAGCCUGUCCUCUGAGUCAGACCUGGAAUUCUUUGAUGGGUUUCCUUGUCUGGGCUCCGGUUCGCUGUGCUAUCCCCUCAAGGACUAUGAGCGUCUGGACACCCUCUUCCAAACACAGCUGCCGGGAUGCCCGAGUCUUCCCCAAGCCAGCGACCCUGGCACCUGCCUCUUAGAGUCUCUGAUUGGCUUGUCUGAGUCCAACCCAGAACCUCCCGCUACCUUCACAGACAACCAGAUGCUGGAAGAAGCCAUUACGCUCUCUGUGGUGGAGUACGUGAAGGUGUGAGACUGAAAGCCUUGAGGUCAACAACACUAUCAACAACAACAACAAAGAUUAUAUGAUUGUAAAUGAACUUGUACUUUAGCUGUUUACAGGGGUAUGUGCCCUCUGGCCGAGGCUAUUGAGAUCUGCAUUAUUUGCCUUUAAAAAUGUUAGCAGAGCAUUAUUAUUGUUCUUCUUCUUUUUUUUCUUCUUCUUCUUCUUCUUAUUAUUAUUGCCAUCAAGUGGCAGCUAACAUUUAGGUUAAAGUCUCUGAUGACUGGAUUUUGAAUAUUUGUAUAUAUGGUCAGAAAGGUUGGGAGUUGAGUUGCUCACCCACAUUGGUGUUAUCACUAAUAUUCCUAUUUCUAAGAUUAUUUAUAGUUGAAACUGGGCACAGAGGAGAGUCUUUAACAAAAACGCUUAUUACACAUCUCAGGGACUUUUUCUAGCUUUUGGAUGCAGUGUGUGACCAUCACGUUGAUGGACCCUGUGUGUCAUUUUUGAGAGCUCUCUCUCUCUCACUCUCACAGGGUCUAUAUUUAACGAUAGCGAUAGAUGAUGACUCCCGUUCCUCAGUAAGGCUCUUUGGGUUCUGGUAUGUGCCUGCCCUCCCUCCCCCAAAGUCUCCACAAUUAGCACUUUAUCCGUGAAAACAUCAGAGCAGCGUGCGGGGGAACAGAAGGGCUGGGUGACUUUUCAGUGUGUUCAAAAUCAGAAGAUUCACAGUGAAUUCACUCUGAUUUUGGGUUAAAAGCACACAGCAUUUGUUAUUUAUUAAAACACACCAAGAAUAUCUGUUAGAAAUCCUGUUCGUUCUGGAGAAACUGUGUGGAACCGUGAUCUCUUCACCAGUACUACUUAUGAAUUUAUUUAUUACUUAAGUUCUGAGUUAUUUAUUUAAUCUCCAAACAGCUCCUGAAUACCUGAGCCAGCCUGUGCUCUGGUGAUGAGGACUGGGUUGUCUGUCCACAACUCACUUGUUCACUAACCCGUGUGAGGGACGCUGAAGUAAUAUUUUAGUUAAAUUAUUUCACAUGUAUCAUUUCAGUAGUGUUUUAAUUUAUGAAAUGGCUGUGUAGUGAGCAGAGGCUAGAGGGGUAAAACCAGAUGUGAGCGAGCGCCUCUACGUCUUGAGAUGAAGAUGUCUGAGUUUCUCUGAUCCAGUGAAACUCUAGUUCCCUCAACUCAGUCAUGGGUCUGAUCAUUAUUACUGCCUAUGCUGUUGCCUACGACAUAGAGAAUUACACUAAAAUGAACUAAUUUAUUUAGAUUUGAGAGAAUUCUAAUCUCUAUCAUUCACAAGCUAUUUUAUUAAAAAAGUGACUUUUUUUCAAAUAUUGAAACAUUUGUAAUAUAUUUAAUAUAGUUGAACACGUACUCCUGGAUCACAGGACCACCUGGCUUUGGCGUCCGUCUGUGUCUGCACAGAUGUUUCCCAGUAAAAGGAAGACUGACCAAGCUAAAACUCACUGAACAUUUCAGCGGAAAUGACUGACCUCAUGGAGUAUGAAAGUUAAAUUAUUAGUUGUGGAUAAAUUCUGCAUAUAUUAUGCAAAAUGCAUUGUGUUAUGCAUGCAUGAAAGAGGGAAUCUUUCAUGUUUUCCACGCGUCCCAGUUCAAAGUGAAGAUGGUACUGUGUGUCCUGAAGGAAACCCAGACGUGAUAGACACAGCCUUGGACCGUGAGGUUCACCCAAACGUGUCUCCUUAGAUGAUUGGUGAUCGUAAAAAUGCACAAUCUGAGGUGUAAGUUCAUUUCCAAACACAAGAGGGCACUGCUUUUCGCAUGUGUGCCUUAGUUCCUUGUAAAGUUGCAUCACUUAUGAAGAAAUGGAAAAUUAUGGUUAUUUAUUGGUCAUGAUUAUUGUACAUUUUGAUCUAUGAUGCUUUUGAAAGUGUUUCUCAGCUAUUUUUUGGCCUUUUUUGUUGUAUAUAUUUUCUGCUUACAUGGUACUACAAAGUAAAACAAGCUCCCCCCCCCCCAUAUUUUCACGCUUGCCUGUUUAAAGCGGACAUUUCAUUCAAGUCAUUUGACAGUAGUUUGUCUUUUCAAAAUAAAAGUUCAGCUUUUUCUUAAACAUCUCUGACUGUGAUCUUGCCACCAGUUUGCAUUACAAUGCCAUUACCGUGUAUCCCCAGACAGUCCACUACUACAGCCUUAUAUUAGAUACAGUAUUAGCGUUAUUUAUGCCUAAUUUAUGCUUAUUAGGGUUAUUUAUUCCAUAAAUAUAAAUGUUAUUUUGCUUAAACAAAUUCGACUUGGGGAGAAGAAACAACCCAACACCUCCUCCUAGUGGUUGUUUGAUGUUCCACACUACCCCUACACAUGGCAAAGGAGACCAUAUUAAUUUUUUUUUUAAUGACAAAUCAAAUAUUCAAGUAUUUGUAAACAAAUGUCAACAAAUAAUGUAUCCAGAUCUGUUCCUGAGGAACAUGGAGUGUGACUACGACCACAGAAGUAGAGCUCUGCUUCACUUUAAUAAAGAUGGUUAUAUACUAAUAUAACAAGGAACAAGUGAAGGACUGACAGCAUCAACCACAGACACACUCACUUUGUUUACAGUGAUUGACAGUUUAUAUUAGAAAGUCCCAGAUUAUAACAUUUACAGCCAAAAACCCCCAACAACCAAAAAAAAAAAAA